GAUUAAUAAAAAAAAACGUGUUUGAUAGGAUGGGCAACAUAUGUAUUUUAUGUUUGGUUCAUGGUAUUACUAGUUAGAUUAUAUGUUGGAAUUACAAAUUUACCCUCCACUAAUUGCAAAAUCCCAAGAGUCACCCUUAUGCAAUCCAUGCGGCACAAUAUAAGGAAUUUGGAGAGGCGAGAUGAUAUUCCACCCGCCAAAUUCGCGCACUACAUCUGGAAGGAUUUCACAUCUGCUUGCUUGGAUAAGGGUUCCACGGAUCGUUUUCUUCUAUUGGAGACGUUCUACCCAGCUGGUAUCAUGAGUUCAGCAGCAACUCAAGGGACCAAUGAGGCUGCCCGUGGUUGUCGUAAUAAUAAGAACGACAAAACACGUAGGAGCUGGUCGGAACGAGAGGAAAAAGUGCUAUUGGCAGCAUUGAAAGAGUUAGUUGUGCAAGGGUGGAAAUCUGAUAACGGUUUUCGCGCGGGAUACUUAACCAAACUGGAGGAAGCCAUGAGGAAGGAAUUUCCUACCACUGGCCUAAAGGCAAUGCCACAUAUCAACUCGAAGACGACUACCUGGAAGAAGAACUACUACUCGCUCUGUGAGAUGCUAAAGUUGACUGGUGUAGGAUUCAAUGCGAACGGAACGCACAUGGUGGACUGCAACAAUGAGCAAUGGGAAGCAAUCGUGAAGAAGGAUCCAAACGCCAGGCUGAUGCGCUAUAAAAGCUGGCCAUAUCUAGAUGUGUGGAGAGAAAUCUUCGGCAAGGAUAGAGCUAACGGUGAUACUGCCGAGGACAUGAUGGAAGCAGCCCACCAAAUGUACCGCACCAUUGAUCUUGAUCAACAUGGAGGCGAAGGCGAUUAUCAUGUCCAAAUGGAGGAUGUGUUCGAGCAAACUGCAGAACCCGAGAGUGCGAGUGAGACGAGGCUACCUGAGGUCACACCGCGUGUGAUAAACAGGAAGCGUAAGACACGUGAAGCAUUCAGCGGUGUGUGUGACACGUUGGUUGAGAUAAGUCGUGGCACGAAGGAGAGUUUGGAUGCAAUCGGGAAGAGAAUGGGGCACGAUGUCGACAUUGCCGAAGCAAGGAAGCAGGUUUAUGUGCAGCUCAGUGUCAUCCUCGGUUUGACUCAGAAAGCGAUAUUCGAAGUUUGUGACUUGCUCGCAAAGGAAGUCGAGCGUUUGGACAUUUUCACAUCUCUACCAGACGCUGCGAAGCCCGACUAUGUGAUGCACUUGCUCGAAGAUAAAUAUAAGAAAUGAUUUGGAGAAGUAAGCUUUUGACGUAGUUUUUAAAGUAUGAAUCUCAUAAGGAGAUGAUCUAUUUUGUGUUUUAUGACUUGGUUUUUGUAAGCGCUAAUGAACGCUAUAAUUAAACCUAUCUGUGCUUGUAUUCGAACUUAGGUGGAAAUUUCAAGUGCCUACUGUA